UCCUUCGCGGGCUUCAGCAGCGCACAGAGCCGCAGGAUCGCAAAGUCCAUCCAAAGGAACUCGGUGAGGUCUCGCCUACCUGCCAAACCCUCCAAGAUGUACGGCACGCUGCGGAAGGGGUCUGUUUGCCCGGACGCCAAGACACAGCAAGUGAGGAAGAUCUUCGAAGCGCUGAGGAGAGGCCUCAAGGAGCACCUGUGCGUCCAGCAGGCCGAGCUGGAUUACCUGUCAGGACGCCACAAGGACACCCACAGGAAUUCCCGGCUGGCUUUCUAUUACGACCUUGACAAGCAAACGCGCUCUGUGGAGAGGCACAUUCGGAAGAUGGAAUUCCACAUCAGCAAGGUGGACGAGCUCUACGAGGGCUACUGCAUCCAGUGCCGCCUGCGAGACGGCGCCUCCAACAUGCAGCAGGCCUUCUCCAGGUGCCCCCCCAGCCGCGCCUCCCGAGAGAGCCUGCAGGAGCUGGGCCGGAGCCUGCAGGAGUGCACCGAGGACAUGUGGCUCAUAGAGGGGGCCCUGGAAGUCCACUUGGGCGAGUUCCACAUCAGGAUGAAAGGCUUGGUGGGCUACGCACGCCUCUGUCCAGGAGACCAGUAUGAGGUGCUCAUGCGCCUGGGCCGCCAGCGCUGGAAGCUGAAGGGCCGAAUCGAGUCUGACGACAGCCAGACCUGGGACGAGGAGGAGAAGGCCUUCAUCCCCACCCUGCACGAGAACUUGGAGAUCAAGGUGACAGAGCUGCGUGGCCUGAGCUCCCUGGCGGUGGGCACCGUGACGUGUGACAUCGCCGACUUCUUCACGACCCGGCCGCAGGUGGUCGUGGUGGACAUCACCGAGCUGGGCACCAUCAAGCUGCAGCUGGAGGUGCUGUGGAACCCGUUUGAUACCGAGAGCUUCCUGGUGUCACCCAGCCCCACAAUCAAGUUCUCUGUGGGCAGCAGGAAGGGCUCCUUGUACAACUGGACACCCCCGAGCACCCCCAGCUUCCGGGAGAGGUACUACCUGUCUGUCCUGCAGCAGCCAGCGCAGCAGGCCUUGCUGCUGGGCAGCCCAAGGGCCACGUCCAUCCUCAGCUACCUGUCCGACAGCGACCUGCGGGGCCCUGGCCUGUGCAGCCGGAGUCAGGAGCUGCCUGAGAUGGACUCCUUCAGCUCUGAGGACCCCCGAGACACCGAGACCAGCACGUCAGCCUCCACCUCGGACGUGGGGUUCCUGCCCUUGGCCAUUGGCCCCAACACGUCCACUGAAGAGGAGGCUCAGGAGGACUCCCCAUCCCUGGGCCUCCUGCCAGAGAUGGUCCACCUGUCAGGACGCGCAUUUGUGGAGCAGCCUGGCUGGAGGGAUUUGGGAGUAGAGAGCCCCAACCUGCCACCGGGCUCCCCACUCCACAGCCAUACGAUGCCGGGCAGCCGGACAGACCACGAUGAAGGAGAAUCCGGGGACAGAGUGGAGGGGCCUGGGGUGACCCUCGAGAGGCCCCUGCAGGAGGUCCUGGAUUUACUGAGGUGCACAGACCCCGCCCAGCCCCGGCUCCAGGAGCUGGAGUACCAGGUGCUCAGCUUCAGGGACCGGCUGAAGCCCCGCGGAGGCCGCCGGGAGCACAGCUCGGCCGAGAGCCUGAUGGAAUGCAUCCUGGAGAGCUUCGCCUUCCUCAAUGCUGACUUUGCCCCCCACGAGCUGUCCCUUUUUGGGGGUCCCCAGGGUCCCCGAAAGGACAGGACCCGGCCCCCACCACCAUCACUGAGAGAGUCAUCCCGGGAGCUCACGACUGGUGCCCCCGAGCUGGACACGCUGCUCACGGUCCACCUCCAAGUCUGCAAGGCUCUGCUGCAGAAACUGGCCUCCCCUAAUUUGUCGAGGAUGGUCCAGGAGAGCCUUCUGGAAGAAGCUGCACAGCAAAAGCAGGUUCUGGAGACUCUGUCUAGGCUGGAUUUUGAGAAGGUCAGAGAGGCGACAUCUGUUGAAGAGAUCCUUCCGCAGGCCGCAGGGAGGAAGGGCUGCCUGAGGCUGUGGAGAGGGUGCACGGAGCCUGGCGGGGUCCUGGCCUGCCCCGCCCCCACGCUCCUGAACCAGCUCAAGAAGACGUUCCUGCACAGAGUCAGGGGGAAGUACCCGGGACAACUGGAAAUAGGGUGGGCUCAGAAGGCACAGCAUUUCCUGCUCACAGCUGGAGGUGACACUCAUACUCCAGAAGCUGGCCGACUGUCAGCAGCUCUGACCACCACCUGGGCUGCUCAGUUGCCUGCAUAUUCCCAGUCCUGGCCCCAGCCAUGUGGAUGUGCCCCCAAGACCACCCACGCCCGGGCCUGCGUGCGACCCCACCUGGAGCCCCCUCCUUCCCCGGGCACAGGCGUAACCCUCGUGGAGGAGCUGCAGUGCACGGGGCAGGCCAAGGCCGUCAGGAAGCUGCAGGGGAAGCGGCUGGGCCAGCUCCAGCCCCUGCCCCAGACCUUAAGGGCCUGGGCCCUGCUUCAGCUGGACGGGCCUCCCAAGGUGUGCAGGGCGGCCAGCGCGUCUCUGGCCAGCGCAGCCAAGAACAAGAGCUUUCGGGAAAAGGCUUUGCUUUUCUACACCAACGCCCUGACCGAGAAUGAUGCGAAACUCCAGCAAGCUGCAUGCAUGGCACUGAAACAGCUCCGGGGCAUCGAAAGCAUUGAUCAGAUUGCUGGCCUGUGCCAAUCUGACCUGGAGGCUGUGCGAGCGGCAGCCCGGGAAGCCACGCUGUCAUUCGGUGAAAAAGGACGCUUCGCUUUUGAGAAAAUGGACAAACUUUGCUCAGAACAAAGAGAAGAAGCCUUUUUCCAGGAGGCAGAUGUUGAAAUCACAGUAUUUUAAAAAAAACCCUCAGCGGAUAAGCUCAAAUCUGGCAUCUUUGUUUUUGCUGCUGCCCAGUCCUUACAUGGGCCGAGCUGAGGAUGGGGGCACGCUGUGCGCCCCUGAAGUGUGAGCUGGCCAGAGUUGCUCUGAGUCUCAGAUCAGUUAUAAAGCCCCGGGGAACAAGUGGGACUUUUGUAUAGGAGCACAAGGGAUGUACAGCACUUCAAAGGCCGAGCCACUUCAACCAACCUAUCAGCUUUUGGCUUUGAGAAUUUGUUCCCCAGGACGCAGAGCCAGCCAUGCUAUGAAGGAGUCGAGGCCUGGAAUAAAAGGCUCCAACGUGACCUUGUCUCCUUGCAGUCAGUUGGCUCAGCACCUCUGGCUCAGCAAAUACUGGGACUGCGGAGGCCGGCAGGCCUAUGAGCUUGAUAAGGAGAGUGCAGUGGGUCCAGUCAUUUCCACUGUACAGAGCCAGGGGCUCUGAUUCAACUCUUACCCUGAGCCGUGGCCCAAAUGCCUGGUGACAGACCGCUGCCCAUGGACCUUCUUUCCACCAUGUUCAAGAGCACAAAGGAAAGCAGAAGCCUCGAGUGUCACAUCAGUAAAAGCAUUUACUGUGACCUCACUAAACAAAGUGAAAUCCAACUUCUGAAGCAAGUCAACUUAGGGCCUAUUAAAUAAAAUAAAUUGCUUCAGAUGCCGUAGUUGGUGUGAGAUUUCACUGAACAGCAUGUUGCUUUAAAGACACAGUUAGUUUCCUUUUAAGUCUAAGACUCGAAUGUGUCCUGAGCUGUUGUGUUAAUGAUGUCAAGAUAACCUGGGGUGUCCAUGUGGCUAUCAACAAUGGCAUCGGAGAAUUCUGUAACUUAAACAUUCUCAUUUAUGUUUCCUAUAUAUAUUUUGUGUUUUUCGAUUUAACUUAGUAUUUAUUUGAUUUGUUUAUAUGUUGAACUUUCUGAAAUUUCAAUUAAAAAGAACAAUUUUUAUUGGUGUUUCAUUUUACCUGAAAAAAGUAAAUAGUGGUUCUUUUCAAACAUCCCGCUGGGGGAAUGCCCUCCUGUCCCCGAGUGCGCUUGCUCCAGUGUGACACUGUGGAGUGGGCUCUCCCACACAAGCAGGCAUAGGAAAGGCAGUGUGCCCCGAGGAUUCUCUUAAGGCUCCCAGACGCCCUCUCCUACCCAGACACCAUGAGGUAUGGCCUUUGCCUGGCCUUUGGCCCCAUCUGAUUUCUGUUCCAAAGUCGCAAAUUUAUUUUUUUCCACACUGGCAUUCCACCUCUUCAUAAAAGCCUAGAUGCCAUUUUUUGGUAUGUGAAACAGACUGAAGUGACCGUGGGUGUGGCACUAUCAUCCUGGCCGCCACAGUGGGUAUUGUGUGGUCACAUGACCAUGACUGUGCUGGUUUCCCACUUCCAGGAUCCUGCCAGGAGGCCAAGCAUAAACAGUUCACUCAGCAGCCAGCCU